CGAUCCGUACUCACCGUAUAAAAGCUGGCCUAGGGCAUUGCCAGACGAGUCAGUCCCGCCGUGGAAACAGUCGAGCACGGACCCAAAGGGAUUGAUUGUAUAGUAGUUCACUAAGAUGCGUACCACUGUGUUCCUGCUUCUGGGCCUUUUGGCCAUAAAUUACCAGGCUGCCGCCCAUGUGGUGCCCUUGCCGCUGCUCCCUUCCCCCGGCACCUAUCUGCUGUCUCCGCCAGGUCCCAUACUCCUGCUGGUCCAGCCUCCUCCACCCGAGGACGAUGGCUCCUACAAGCCGCCCUUGCCCCCGGCAGAUGGCUCGUGGCAGGCACAGCCAGGCCUGGAGGGUGAGUACUCGGAGCCGGAAAUAAGUCAGGAUGGCAGUGGAAGCGUGGCCGAUGAUGGUGGUUCCCUCAGCUCCGAGGGCUCCGGAUCGGUUGACGCCCAGGAAGCCCCAGCUCCAGCGGAGGCUGGCGGAGCCGGACAGGCCGGACAGGCGGGUCAGGCUGGUGGCGUGCUCGGCGGAGCCGGGGGAGCAGGCGGAGCCGGUGGCGGAGGCAGUGCCGGCGGCGGAGGAGCUGGUGGAGGCGGUGGCGGCGGCGGAACAGCCACAUCCGGCCAGAGCGGCGACAAUGGCCAGCCGGGGGCACCGAGUCCGGCGGGACCACAGCCGGAUGGUGAGGAUGGCGCCGACGGAGCCGACGGGCCCGACGGUCCGGAUGGCUCGAAGGGCGGCAAGGGCGGCAAGGGUGGAAAGGGGGCUCGAAAUGGAGCCGGAGGAGGAGGUGGCGCCGGCGGAGCUGCUCCCCAGCCACCUCCAGCAGCGAUUCCCGUCCAUGCCGUGCUUCUGCCUGCUCCCGUCUGGCCCGAUCCAGUGCAGAAUGUGGUGUAAGUGGAGAUACCCACAGAAAAUCUAGUUCUUUUUUAUAUUUGCAGACAGACUCUGUAGAAGUCCGACAUGCUAUAACCCUUGUUAAUGGCCGAUAAAGUUUUCCUUAGUCCUAAAGCUAGUCAAUGUUUUUGGAGCUCACAUUUACCCUAAGCUAAGGCAAGCGAAUAUUAAAAUUCGAUUAAAAAGUC